AUGUCACGUAUUGUUCCAGAUAAUUCAGUAAAGUCACAAUGCAACGAAAAUUAUGUAAUUACUGAAUACGACGAGUUUGAUACUUUUAUUUUUCGACAAAUUAACCAGUUACCCGUUACAGCUGAAAAAAUUGCCAAUGAAACCCGUAAAGAUUCAGUACUUGGAAAAAUAGUUGCAAUAUUAGAGAAAGGACAUUCGUUGGCAAAAUAUGGUUAUACUGCACCAGAAUCGAAUAUAGACUCUCAGUUUCGAAAAGACAUUCUUCAAAAUCUACACGCAGCUCAUUUAGGGAUGGUAAAAAUGAAAGGUAUUGCUCGUUCCUUUAUGUAUUGGCCAAAAAUCGAUGCAGAUAUUGAAGCAGUGGCAAAAGACUGCAACGAUUGUGCAAGAGUAGCAAAUAAACCUAAGAAGUAUACAGAUCAUCACUGGGAAUAUCCCAAAGGGCCUUGGGAACGAGUGCAUAUAGAUUAUGCUGGCCCUUUCGAGGGUAUGAUGUUACUAAUUAUUACAGAUGCCUAUAGCAAAUGGCUGGAUGUGAAAAUAACCAAAUCUAUAACAGCUGAGGCAACAAUUGCAUUAGUCGAUGAAGUUUUUGCAAAUUACGGUGUUCCAGCGAUGGUAGUAUCCGAUAAUGGUACAAAUUUCUCAUCAGAAGAGUUUAACAAAUACUUGACGGCUGUGGGAGUCAGAUAUCAUAAAUACACUGCACCUUAUCAUCCCUCUACUAACGGCCAAGCUGAACGUAGCGUUCAAACAGUAAAAAACGCAUUAAAAGCUAUGUGUACAUCAAAACAAACAUUACAACAAAAUCUCAACGAGUUUUUAAGGCAGUAUAAGAAUGCACCUCAUUCAACAACUGGAGUAUCUCCAGCACAACUUUUUCUAGGCCGUCAAAUUCGCACCCGUCUUGAUUUAGUACAUCCAGAAAAUGUUUCUUCUAAAAUAACAAAUAAACAAUUUUUGAAACAACAUGAGCAAUUUAGAGAGUUUCAAGUGGGUGACAAUAUAUAUUUUUUAUCCGGUAAUCAAAAGGAAAGCAAAUGGAUACCAGUCCCCAGACAUCCCGAUCCUAAUCUUCAGCAUCCUGAAAUAAAUUCAAGUUCUCCUAAUAAUGCAAGAGAUCCAGUAAAUGAAGAUAAUGUUGUCCGCUCUCCUGUUCAGGAAAAGGACACAGAUGAUGAAUUUGAAACACCACAAGCUGGUCAAAAUCAAAACCACCCGCAAACACCACAUUACAAAACAGCGCAAGCGCGACGAGAAGAAACCAGUGAACAGUUAAAUAUAGAGAAUUCACAUUUACCAAGUGAUCAGCAUCUACGACGAUCAAAAAGGAUUCCAAAACCAAGAGUUUUAUUUUCACCUGACAAUUCCUAA